UACUUAUCAGAUAAGCUGUGUCUAUCUUCACUUUUUUUUCUAAAUAAAUAAAGACAGACACAUAUUUACCUAAUAGAUAAGUUUAUCAAGAAGUUGAAACAACCUACCUUAAGAGAAUAGCAAGUAAAUGUUUAAAUAGUAGUUAUAUUUACUAUAACUGAUUUAUUAUAUAAAAAUGUUAAUUUUUAAAAUACGAAAAUAAUUGAAAUCUUGUUAAAUACAAAUGCGAUGUAAAACCUAUGUUAUUUACUUGGCAUUUUCUAAAAGCUGCAUAAUUCAUUUAUUCUACGCAUAACGAUAGAAUUCGCUAGGAACUUUUGCCUGUAAUCAAUCUCCAGUAACUGUACACUAAAAUUUGGAUGUGUAAAAAUACCCCAUUUGCAUAUGUGAUUUAAUUUCCCGUGUAAAAAUACAUUAUACUGCAUAAAAAGAUAUAUUUAAAUGUGUGGUUUAACUGUGCACAUUUUGCUGUUACUUUUAUGUGGAAAUUGCACACAUACGAAUGAGACAUUUUUUACACAUUUGAAAUAACAGUGUACGAAAGGGAUGAAAUUCUCGGUAGGAACGCUCGACAAUUUCCGCGAUAUAUGCGGCUAAUGUAACAGACGCAGGCUCGAGGGACCUUAAAACUUUUAGUAAGGGCUUAGACGGUUAUCCCGUGCCACGUCCUGGCUCGUUGCUAUCCCGUGCGUUUCCGUGCGAGCGUCGCGCUCACAAUAGCGGUCUGUCGGAGUCGGUUUGCGAGCGCGACGUGGUAGGGGCACAGAUCUGUCGACGAUAUCUCCCCCUUUCCUUCGCGGGCUCGCUCUCCUGAAGCGCCGGCAUCGAAGGGCUGCAGUCGUGAUCGAAUGAUCGGCGUGUACGGAUCGUUGCCGGUCGGAGCACAAAGUGCUCGAUUAUUAAUUGAGUGAAAAGAGAGAGAGAGAACUCGCAGAAACCGAGAAAUUUUGUCCGUUAUACAAGCGACCACGAUGAGCGAUGUCCCUCGCGAGCAUUCCUCAGGCGGCACUUGAUCGCGCGCGGCGUACAUCUCUGCACGACAUCGCCUUCGAAUAGCCUGGGAACUGUCGAAGAAGGUGAAGUGGGUCCUGGAGGAGGACCCAGGGAGAGCGAGGGGAGAAGCGUCGAGACAGGAUCCGGCACCGCGCGGCGCCGGAAACCCCGGCAUUAGGAGCAGCAUCCUCAGGAUGUCGUACACCAGCCGAUUCCCGUCCUCCCAGCACACCCGGUAUCGCAGUAGCUGGGGCCCGUCCUCGGUCUCCGUCUUCAAUCGCGCCGACGUGCCGCGGCCCUCGCCGGAAGAGGAAGAGUUCGAGUUCUAUCACGAGCGGCUGCACUCGGCGCAGAGCCGUCAGCUGAUACCGCUCCAGGAGGACUUGGCCGAUUGGAUCAACAAGACGAUAAAUGUGGAUUACAUAACGGGUGACAAUUUCUUCGACGUGCUUGACAAUGGGGUGAUUGUCUGUCGAUUGGCCAGAGUCAUACAAGAAAAGGCGAGAUCCGCAACAGAGGCUGGACGAGCAAAAGGACCGGUACCAGUGAUACGUGGACGUUGCUGGGAGAAUGCGGCCCGACGCAGCUUUUUUUCCCGCGACAACAUGGAGAACUUCAUACAAUUCUGCCGGCGACUGGGUGUCCACGAAAAUCUUCUCUUUGAAAGUGACGAUCUCGUUUUGCACAAUCAGCCACGGAAUGUCGUGUUGUGCCUGCUGGAAGUCGCGAGACUGGCGGCUAGAUACUACUCUCUGGAGCCGCCCGGGCUCGUGCAACUCGAGAGAGAAAUCGCGGCCGAACAGGAGAGGGACCUUCAUUGUUUGUCCGACAGCGGUAUAUCCCACAGCAGUCUCGUCUCUUGGCAGUUCCAGUCGCCGUCGCCGACCGCGACACCCAGGCCGCCGCAGGAGAAGAUCAAACACAGCAGCUCGGCGUCCGAGGUCGCGACGACGGGCACACGAUGGCUGGACCCGGUAACUGGUGCUGCGCAUGAAACCGAAAUGCGAAGGUCCGUCAGCGACAACGGGCCGACUGGAAGUGACGGAGUGCCCAGCGACACUACAGAGGACGACUGGUCCCGCGGUAGCGUCGAGGAUCCCGACGAAGUGCCGUCACCGUCGAGCUCGCCGUCACCAUCGCCGGCCGAACCACCGGAGCACACCGGACCGAUAACAGAACUCGAUCGCAAGGUGCGAAGAGCCACCGAGGCCGUCCAGAGACUCUGCCAGUGCCCGUCCAAUAAGUGCUCCAAGCUGAAGGUGCGCAAAGUCGGCGAAGGCCGCUACCACAUCGCGGGACGGAAUGUCUUUAUCAGACUUCUCAAGGGACGGCACAUGAUGGUGAGAGUGGGCGGCGGAUGGGACACUCUGGAGCAUUUUCUGGCGAGGCACGACCCCUGUCAGGUGAGGGUCCUCAACCGCGAGGGCACGCCGCCUCCUGGCACCAAACACGACAGCUUUUUGCACAUUCGCGCCAAGUAUCGCAGUUCGCCGUCGGAGCCGAGCCUCUCACGUCGAUCGCUAGCCUAGAGGAGAGCACGUGCCUAAUCACGCGCCCACGAUCGCACACGCGAAGCGCGGGCCACCCCUUCGGGCAAUCCUGCGUGACGCAAAGCUGCUCGCAGCACGCUUGGUGCACGUGCGAAAUUGAUAUAACACGAUAAUUCCGAUACACUGGAUGCGGUACCGUUAUCGCAUCCCCUGGGCACCACGUGGGUUCGACGGUCCGCUGUUGUGUCGGCGUCAAGCGACGCGGUGAAACGACGCGUGGCGGCUCGGGUUACCGUAAGAACGGCAAUAGGCAUCAUCGCACGAUUUUUCACGCACGAUACAUUCCUCCUUUCCAACUACGUUCGAUGAGUUGGCGAUUUUGAGGGAAGAAAGGCGGCGCCGCGGAAGCUAAGCGCUUGCGGUCACUUAUGCACAUUCCAAUACUCAUAUAUUAUACGCUAUUUGCGAGUUCUCUCCACGUGGCAGAGAAAUCCUCGGCAUACACGCACCGCCUGUACCGCUGAUUCGUAACGAUACGCCUGCUCACACCCCGAAUUGCGCGUACAAUUUGUUACGUGUAAUCACGUAACAUGUCGGUAUUAGAGAAGAGUACCAGGGAUCGGUUAUUUUUUACUACGUCCACGUCAGGUGGUUGAAGAGCACGCAAGGUAUCGAAGAACAUCCUCGUAGACGCGCAACACGCCGCGAUUUUUUAGGGGAGCCACAGCGAAUAAUCAGAAUUCUGUAUCUAAGAUCCGCGUCUGCGAUUCAGACUUUGACUAUUCGGGCUCUUAUGUUAUUAUCUCGUUAACGAAUCAACCAUGGGUGCUUUCAUCUCGAACCACCUCUUCGGGCACUAACGUUUGCAGCGUCUGAACCAGGAAGUUCUUCGGCCGGAAAGCGCGUUGCACCCGGUAAUGGUAGCGUUAAGAUCGCAAUGACCAAACUUUAUUUUCGAAACCGUGUCAUCACGGUAAUAAUAUACUAAUGAUACAAGUAAUAAUAGAAACUUCUGAAUAAAUAUCCACUUAAGCUCAAGCGCGCCAGCGCUUGUACAUGCAAUAAAAGAAGUAAAAGUGCAAUUAAAAUCUCAGGUAGAAAAUCGUCCGUGUCAUGCCUUAAAAAAAGAUCGACUAAUCUUUUUUCUCUUUUAAGGAAAUUUCUUUGCGAUGCAAAUAAAUGUUUUUUUUUUAAAGUAACAAUUAUAAGCGGCUUGAUAAAAAUUUCGUAGUCGAACUGAAUAAUAUUGUUAUGAUUUUAUUAUCGAUAUUGUAUAACGUAGCUUUUAAUACUCAACUCUAUUCGAAUUUCAACUGCGUGUUUUGGUCAUUGCUAUAUAUCCUAUGAAUCAAUAUAUUCUUACGGUGCACUGCCAUAUUUUUGCGGCAAGCACGCGAUUAGGCACUUAUAUCAUAAUAAUCGAAAGGGUCGGCUUAAUUGCUUCUGUGUAUUAUUUUCUACACAUUUGAAUUAGGAAUCACUUUGCAAGAUAUAAAUGAAUCUUUCUUUGCGUAUAAGUUGAAUCACGGAUACUUACGUAAUCAUAUAUCGUCAAAGAAUGGUAUGUCAAUAUUUAAGAGCGUUUUUUAAAAGUAUACGUUAUCAAUUUUUCGCACUUUCAUUUGAGUUGUAAUCUCUCUUGUGAUUCUCAUUUCAGCCGGCCCCAAAAUUUAUAGAUACACAUUUAGCAUUCAAUUAAUAUCUAAUACAACUUUGUAUCGCCUAACAUGUAAAGUGCUUUAUGGUAGUUGCCACGAUAUAUAUGCACACACACAUCACAUAUGUUUUGUACUUUUAUAUAAAUAUCUAUAUGGUAAGUUAAAGGAUAUAUAAUCGGCGUAUUGCCAAGAUAAUUAAACCGUAUAAUUAUUCCGCUUACAGAAGUGCAAGAGCACAGUGUGCAAGGGAAUACCAAAGCAAAGAAACACGCGACGAGUAAUGUCGGCUCGUUGAAGCCAAUUAAAUCGUCAUCCGUGAUUUAUUUAUCAUUCAUGUCGGAAGUGUGGUUGUGAUUCCCAAAUCCGAUGUCUUUUACAAAUAAUCUUUUAUGAAAUAAUCCACGUUCACGGCGCUCCAUCAUCCUUUGCGAAAUAGAACCAGUGUUAAAUUGCGAUUUGCACUGUGACGCAAUAAGCUUAAAUUUAUGAACUAUCAUAUUUGAUACAGGACGUUACAGAUACGAUUACUUGCGAAGAAAGUUACUUCUUAGUUUAAAACCGCCUUGCCUAAUUGAACUAAUUUUCGCCAUAUUAUGUAACUGUAAAUAAUACGUCGCUUUGACAUAUCGAUAGAUAAUUGAUUUAAGUUAAUCGUACCUGCUUUAUAUCGCGUUAAUGUAUAUUAAUUGCGGAUAUUUUGCGUAUAAACUCCAUGUAUAUUACUCUAAUAAGUUAUUUAUAUAUAUAACUCGUCAAGCGUCUUUUUAUUACAGAUUACGUUAUCGUUAGUUCGAAUUUCUUGAUAUUACGCUAUUGAGACGCGUAACAUAGAAGAAACUGCAUUUUGAUGAUAUUAAACUGUUAUAAAUUUAAGUUAUUAUUUAUAGUAUUGAAGCAGUAUAAUUGAUAAACAUGUAUUUUAAAACGGAUUAUUGCCUACUUCAAUACUGCUUCAUCGUAAUCAUUCGGCUAUUAAUAAAGUAUUAUAAUAACAUCAUAUCGCAUAUAUAUAUGUACGUUUAGUCUUUGUUUAUAACUGCACUAAGCUUUUGCAAAUUUUAAGAUUUUGUCUAAUUUUACAGAAUAUAUCGUAUUACUACAUUUUCUUAAUCAAUUCAACUAAGUUCAGAAUUAUUAUGUCGAUUGUUAUAUUUUGUUGAACAAUAAAAUAUCUGACAGAGUAAGAUGUUCCCG